AUGUCGUCAGUGAGAAAGGUCGCUGUUAUCGGCGCCAGCGGAAAUGUUGGCAAGUCGACUGUCAAGGCACUCCUCCAAGAAGGCUUCCAAGUGACAGGCUUGACUCGAGAAUCAUCAAACAGCACUCUCCCCCCGGGCAUCAACACUGUCAAAACCGAUUACUCUGAAGAAUCUCUCGUCGAGGCACUGAGAGGACACGAUGCUGUAGUCAGCAUGGCCUCUGGCAUUGCCGUUGGCCAGAUAUUCCCUUUGCAGAAGCUUCUGGUAGACGCGGCCGUCAAAGCCGGCGUUAAAUUCUUCGUCCCCUCUGAGUUCGGCGUCGACACUGCAAAUCCAGAAGCGCCGAAGGCCAUUCCUUUCGUCCAAGAUAAGAUCGAUACGCUCGACUACAUUAAGGCCAAGAACGGCGAGCUUUCAUGGAUUGCUAUUGUUUCAGGUGCCAUGUUUGACUGGGGCCUCAACAUUCCCGGCUUCGGUGGCUUCAACAUCCCCGCACGCACCGCUACACUUUAUGACGGCGGUGAUAUCGCUUAUGAGGCCACCAACCUGGAUCAGGCUGGGAGGGCAAUCGCCAAGAGUUUGAGGAAUCUCGAGAUUACGCGUAAUCAGCAUGUCUACGUCAACAGCUUCACCGUGACUCAGAACGAUGUCCUCUGUGCGCUUGAGAAAGCCACAGGAGACAAGUUCCAAGUUUCUGAUGGAACUGUAGAAGGUCUCUGGGAGUCAGGUGCUGAGCAGGUCAGAAACGGAGAUGCAAUGGGCGCUGUGGCUCAGAUCUUUGGUGCGAUCUACGGCAAGGGGGGUGUCGCGAAUUAUUCUGUUGAUAAAGGACUGUGGAAUGAUAAGAUAGGCUUGCCAGGAGAGAACCUCGAGGAGUUCGUCAAGGAUUAUAUCAAGAACACUUGA